AUGUAUGGGAGUAUACAUGGGGAAGGUGAGGUAGAUAGUGCCUCAAAACGUCUUGUUUCUACUCUGGUUCCUGCUGUUGCCCAAGCUGUUAAAUUUUCUCAUGAAUUUCCUACUAAUUCUACUCCUGCUUAUACUUAUUACAAUGAUUUUGCCGAAUAUCGAGCUGUGAUGGAUGGAAAUUGCAGCAAAAUUUUGAUGACAAUUCAAGAUGUCAUAGAUGAAUUGAAUGGAGGGGCAAACAUCAUGGACGCACCGCAGCCUAAGUCAUUGGAAGAGAAAUUCAACACGAUUGUGUCUAUUAAUGAUGAGCUUGUCGAUCGCAUAAAUGAUUUUUCAUCACCUGGUUUUAACCCGAACAAGCGUAGAGGCGAUGUGGUUGGUCGAAGUGCCACUAAGCUCUUUGCUUCUAAGCACAUUGUUCGGCCGCAAAAUUUCUUUGCUAUUCGACCAGAUAACAGUCAUGCACCUUUUCUCCCUAUUUUAAGAACGAAACCGAAUGCGCUCGUCGAUUUGCAAGAUUGCACAUUUGAAGCUGACCCAGAAACUGGUGACUACAUCCACCCAUAUCUGUCAGAAUUGGAGGACUACGGGAAGGGGUUGGGGAACUACAAGUAUGAUGGCUCUGCAUCUAAUCCAAGGCCACUUCCUCUGGAUGAAACACCGUUGGAUGUUGUUGAUACCGUGGACUCCCUAAACAAAAUGCUGGAGGAACUGAGUACUGCAUCGGAAAUCGCUGUUGACUUAGAACAUCACAGUUACCGCACCUUUCUGGGAAUUACAUGCCUGAUACAGGUUUCCACGCGUGCCAAGGAUUAUAUCGUUGAUGCUCUUGCUCUGCACGACCACCUUGGUCAAUUGAACUAUUUGUUCACUAAUCCCAAAGUUGUGAAGGUGCUUCACGGUUCAAAUUUGGACUUAAUGUGGCUCCAGCGAGACUUUGGCGUCUACAUCGUCAACCUCUUCGAUACUGGUCAGGCAGCCCGGAUACUUCAUUUUCCUCGAUUUUCGCUUGCCUACCUCCUGCAGCGUUUUGUUGGAAUUUUCCCAAAUAAAGCAUUCCAAUUAGCGGAUUGGAGGAUAAGACCUCUUCCCAAAGCGUUAAUAGAUUAUGCCCGAUCAGAUACACACUACUUACUCUAUGUGGCUGAGCUACUUCGUGGCCUGUUAGCUGGUCAAGAUCUGUUGACUGAGGCUCUGGAACGCAGUCAGGAACUGUGCCUACGCAUUUACAAGAAACCAAAGCUCAACACAUUGGAAUAUCUAUCAAAAGCACAUACAGUCGUCAGAGGGUCUCUGGAUAAGCGCCAACUGUACGCUCUUAAGUAUCUGUGCAUUUUGCGCGACUCCAUUGCACGAAAAGAGGACGAGAGUCACGCUUUUGUCCUUCCCAAUCACAUGAUGCAUCAGAUAGCAGAAAAGCUCCCCAAAGAAGCAACUGGGAUGUACGCUUGCUGUAAUCCGGUGCCACCUCUGUUGCGCAAAUAUGUGUCAGACUUCCACCAGGUCGUUCUUAAUGCUAGAAACGGCAAGUACAUUGAGCAGGAAAUUGAUGGUGAUAUAGUCAUUUUGGAAUCGAUUACUCCAGCAAAUUCAACUCUUAAUGUGGUCCCUUCGUGUAUAACUGCGUCGCGCUCUGCACCCCAUGACAUUUUGCGUUCGGCUACUCAGCAAAUGCCGAUCUCCAACUUUUGUCCGAAUUCUCUGAAGAAGAACUCUCUGACAAAGCCGUCUUUGUUUGGACGCAAAUUCCCUCAAUCUCCGAGACCGAUAUUUGAGGCUUUCAUGGAUCCCAGUCGCUUUAUGCUUCAGAAGAUUUUGGAUGCGGUUAAAUCGGUUCAAGUAUCAGAGCCCAUGCCAGCGGAACAGGACAUAUCCUUUAUGUCAACAGCUCAUACUUCCACUAUAUCGGCAUCAGAAAUUAAUGAAGAUCCACUUUAUAAAGCUCUGCCGGUGGAGUAUCCCUCGAUUUCUGAUACUAAGGGGUUUUCGCCCAUAAAACCCACUACUGCGGAGGUGAUUGAAGUGGAGGAUUUGGGAUCAAAAUUCUGUCCAGUGAGUACCACUUUCGGUCGGUCAGCUCAGUCUCGUGCGUUGGCAAAUCUGAAAAAUAGACGUCAGCAAAGAAAUCACUCUCCUAGACGGAACGAGGACUUUGAUCAUAGUCGGCUUGCAGGUUCUCAGGAGAGUGGCAAUGUCAUCACCGAGAACGAUGUUGUCGUUCUUCGGGAUCAAAAGAAACUGACAAAGAGCACAAAAGCGGAGGUUCGGCAAGGCAAUCAUAGCGGUAUGACAGCCAACUUUGUCGAUAAUCCAUCGCAGCCGGGUGAGAUUUGUAUUUCGAUAGCUGGAGGCCAAUCAACGCAGUCGCCCUGUCCACCUCUGACCCGUUUGGAGAUUCCUAUUACCCCGGAGAUACAAGCCGCGAUCCAUCAAACUCCAAGCUUUUCAGGUCGCCGGAAGAGGCGUAGUAGAGGCGGUCGUGGAGGUGGCGUCACUGGAGCUUGUAGCAACAGCCUCCGCGGUUGUGUCUCCUUCUCCCAUUCCGGUUGCGCAAGUUUUACUCCUCCCCAGCCUCAGAAGUGGCGUUUAGAGUGGGGAGUGGGCACUCGCGGUUGCUUUCCUCCUUGUCCUCCAGCCCAGUUGACAGCUCAACGCAUUCACGCAGAGAAGAAUGAAUAA